GUGCAAAUUUUUCCCCAUAUAAUCAUAAAAAAAAUGAGAUAACUCAUUACAUAUGUGAUAAUUGUGCCGCUUCUUCUUCCGUGAGGAGUUUUUUUCUUUGCGCAACUUACUGUUUAUUAAGAAGAUUAAUAGGGAACUCGCGCCAAGUGAAACGUAUAGACGCCUUAUUCAUCUUAUAAAAAAUGCAAAUAGGAGAAAAAAUGAUUGGAGUGAAGUCUUAUAAAUUUAAGACGAAGCCCCCCGACUUGAUAUCCAAGUUUAAAGUGAUCAAAGAAGACUGGCACGACUUUGUAAAAUACAUGAGCGACUUAAGGAACAUGUGUGAAGACCCACUCCAAAUGAGUGCCCAUUGUACAGAUAUACAUGAUGAAGAUCAUAUUAUUACUGUGAAUAAAAAGGCUAUUUAUGAAAAUAUACAUGAUGUAAUGAAAAUUAAAGAGUGGAACAAUGACAUAGAAUUUGACGACCAUCCUAUCUGUAAAGAUUCCUCUUCUGAUUCAUGUAGCCAUUCGGAGGAGUCUGGUAGCGUUUGUAAUUUUAACAAGUAUAAAAUAAUUCACAACAACAUAUAUUCCAAUAACGCCAAUUUGAAGAGGCCAAAAAUUCGUGCGAAUUACAGAAGUAUAUGUAUACCAAGUGAAAAGCGCGAAGUUAAAGUGGAGAAAAAAGAAUAUAGCCAUGAAAUAUGCUAUAAAAGAAGAACAACAAGAAAAAAUAUUCUUAACAGUUCUUGUGACAAUGACGAAUUGAAUAACAGGAACAGUGAAUUAGAAAAAAAUGAUCCAGUUGUUCCAAAUGAGCAGUGGGAUCUCUAUCGUAAAAACAUUUUUUCUAAGUCUUUAACGAAGUUAAGAAAGAACAAAUUUGACCAAAAAAGUAAAAGUUCGCCAUAUGUAUCCUACCCGAAUGAGUACGAUUAUACACACGGUUCGAAAGAAUAUGAUGUCUCUUAUGACCAAAAUGAAUAUGACCUAGAGUUAAAAGAUUUUGUCGAUAAUAAGGAAAGUCGGGAGUAUAAGUUGCGCAAGUUUGCAUAUAAAAAAAAAUUGGACAAUGGGAAGAGGGACAAGAGGAGGAGACGGCAAUAUUUUAAUAAUGAUGAGUUUUCUCCAAGUAACAGCCUUAGUAAUUUAUCUGUUCAAGAUAAUAUUAGUGCAUAUGAUGUGUCGAAUCAGAAUAACAUUUUUGUUAAGAGAAAUAAUAAAUACGAGGUGUACUCAAAUGCAGUGAAUAAUUCGUAUAAAUAUAACUCCCACAAGGUGAGUAGAUAUUUUAAAAGGAAUGCCAAAUUUGACGAAGCGGUACAAAAUAACUCACACAUUGACGGAUCGUAUGCAUAUAAUUUUGCCUAUAUGGAUAAAAACGAUAGAUCAGGUGACUCUACUCCAGUGGAAGGGGCGCACGGAACUAUCAUGAAUUUAGACGAGGAAAUAAGAAACUACAAUAUUCGCCUUCAUGAGUGA